UGAUUUAUUUUUUACAGAAAAGAAAGCAAAACAGAUUUUUUUUCAAGCAUUCAUGUAUUAAGUUUGAGAUUUUUCUUCUUUUUUUUUUUUGUUCGUUAACUAUCCAAGCUUUGGUGCAAUCAUGCGGUUCCAAUGGAAUAUCAUAGCCUGGGCAAACUCCUUACUUCUUGGCUUCAUCGUCUGGGGCUCUGCAGAAGAAUAUGAUUACUAUAGCUGGCAGUCGGACAAUUUCCAGAACGGACGCUUCUAUACCAAGCAGAGCCAGUGCGUGGACAUCCCUACAGAUCUCCAUCUCUGCUAUAACGUUGGCUACAAGAAAAUGAGAUUACCUAAUUUGCUUGACCACGAGACCAUGCCUGAAGUGAAACAGCAGGCUAGCAGCUGGGUUCCCCUGCUGGCAAAACGAUGCCAUAGAGAUACCCAACUAUUCCUGUGUUCACUUUUUGCUCCAAUUUGUUUGGAAAGACCAAUUUAUCCGUGCCGGUCACUUUGCGAGGUGGUGCGAGACAGCUGUGCGCCUGUCAUGGAAUCCUACGGUUUCCCUUGGCCAGAGAUGCUGAACUGUAAUAAAUUCCCCCUCGAUAAUGACCUCUGUAUCGCAGUGCAAUUUGGCAGCAAGCAAGUCACUCAACCCCCAGUCACCAAGAUCUGCACUCAGUGCGAAAUUGAGCAAAAAUCGGAAAAUAUGAGAGUACAAUUGUGUGCAAGUGACUUUGUUCUACGGAUGCGCAUUAAAGAGGUGAAGAUUGAGAAUGGAGAUCGUAAGCUCAUAGCGGCUCAAAAGAAGAAAAAAGUUCUAAAAGCUGGGAAGCUGAAGAGGAAAGAAUUCCGUAAGCUUGUCCUCUACAUAAAGAACGCUGCAGGAUGCCCGUGUCCCCAGCUCGAUAACUUAAGCGGCAGCUUCCUCAUUAUGGGUCGGAAGGUGGACAAUAAGCUUCUUCUAACUGCUAUAUACAAAUGGGACAAAAAGAGCAAGGACAUGAAGUACGCUGUGAACUUCAUGUUCUCCUAUCCAUGCUCCGACACCAUCUCCCAUGGUGGAUCACACGUGGGAUCUUUUCGCUAAAGCUGCUUUUCGAGAGAACUUAUGUGCCACCCUUUCCCAGCCUUACCAAAUGGAUUUUAUAUUUUAGUAAUAGCAGUAACAUAGUAUACUCGGCUUAAAAAAAGAAAGAUUACUAGGGUGGUCAAGUUGAGUGGUACAGCUGACAGGGUGAAGAAUGUGAGUUUUUGAAGAAGAGACCUUGUGAAUUAAGAAAGAAUUGUGAUGUGGAUCUUCGUCUGAAGAAUAUGUUAAAACACAUUUUGUAAGCGGUUCAAGAAGGCGACUGAAACACUAUGUUUAUAGUUCCAACUAUGUCACGCUUGUUGAAAGCAUUAGUGUUCUUAGCUGAAAUGUAUUAAGUCGCUAGCGGUAUAACACACGAGGUUCUUACAGACUCGUGGUUCACCCGUGACUGGGCAACCUUAUUUUAUUAUAAACUAUCCUCAAUAGCAUAUCACAUUAGCAUACCGUAAUUCUUUGUAAGUACAUUAUGCAGCUGUAUGGAGAAAUUUUCAUCUUAAAUCGUUGUAUAUGGUAGGUUUUGAUUCAUGGGUUAGCAUAGAUGACAAAUGGACUCUGUCAUGCAGAAGGUCCCAAGUGUAUGGGUUCUUGGAACAAUCCGUGGCCAAGCAGUUAGCAAAUAUAUAAAUGUUUAGAUAAAAAAUAUUCUAUUACCUAUUUUUUUUUCAGACUUGUGCGUCACAGUAAACCUCUCCGUGCCUCUAUGCCCUAGCAUGUAUAUCACAAAUAUAUACAUAAACUUAUUUGUUGGAUGAUAUGAGAAUUUAAAAUGCUCUUAGACUGCCUUAAAAAAAAGUUUUUAUGCUUUGAAGACAAUUUGAAAGAAACGAAUGUGAUUAUACCGGGGUACGUGUAUCUAAAUAGUUAAAAAUAAAAGGGUUUUUUUCGGAUUAAUUUUCUAUUUGCGUAUGGAGCAGUAGGGAAUUUGCCAGUUUAAUACGCCAUGUCCACAUCAACAAAAUAAAGUAGUAACUAAUAAAUAGUUGAAUUAAAAUAUGAAAAUGGAAUAAACGCGUACAAGUGUUUAUCUCGCUGUGUAUCCAGAAUACAAUUGUUCCCCGGUAAUUCACUUCAGCGAAAA